AUGGACUACUCAGCCAUUUCCAAUGACCCAGAGCACCCUGCGGGUGCGUCUCCCUGGGGGUCUCCGCGCGCCGACCGACCAGCUUUCCCCGCCUCAGUCAAUGGCGAGCAACCGGCCUCUCCGCUAGCUGCUCAACGCCAAUCAUCCGAGGCUGCUACCAGAGACAAUGACGAUGUAGCUCAGGCGGCAGACUUGUCAGCACAGCUCCAGAGUCCGCAAUUGGGUGAUCCCGAUUACGAUGAACCAUUUGCUGCGCAACACCAUCAGCAACUCCCCGCACGCUAUCAAACGGGGGUAAGGCAAGCCUCUCGACCAACGCCGCCCGCCUAUAAGAUCCAAGCCAAGAUCACAGGUCUCGAGAGGACAGGAAAGAAAGAUCCUGUUCUUCGAUUUGAUGUCCACACCAAUAUUCCAAAGUUCCGUACAACUCAAUACCGCGAUGUCCGCCGCACCCACUCCGAGUUCAUUAAGCUCGCCGACCAUCUGCUCUCCGCCAACCCGGAAGCAUUGGUCCCGGCAGUGCCUCCUCCCGUAACUCCUGCUGGCGCCGGAACUGAGGAGGACGAAAAUCGGGUCAAGGCCUCUAUGCAACGCUGGUUGAACACCAUAUUGAGCAAUGACAUUCUGAUUCAAGAUGACGAGGUCAUGCUGUUUGUUGAAAGCGACUUUGGCUACAGUCCGGUCUUGCGAAUGAAGCAGCCUGCGACGGGCGUUCGUCGUAAAAUGCUAAAACAGUUCGCGCCUCCUCCCGAUGACACUCCAGAACUUCAAGCGGCGCGUCCCACUGUGAAGAUGUUUUACUUGGGGGCAAUGGAUACGAGUCACAAGGUUGACCGGGUCGUUAAGUCACGGAGAGGUGUUGGACUGGCGGAGUCUGAUUUCGGUGUUAAGCUCGGUCAGAUGGCUGUGCAAGAAACACACCCUGGUCUUGGUAUGGCCUACCGAAAGCUUGGCAAGAUCAUCCAGACUGUGGGUGACUACCACGCAAUCCAAGCUACUGCCGAAGCUACAACUCUGGGCGAGCCAUUGAGUUAUCACUCGUCCGAUGCCUUCAUUGUCAAAGAGACCCUCACGAACCGCCACAUCUUGCUGCGAGAGCUGCUUCAGGCCCAGCAGACUUCUCGCAGCAGACGGUCAGCAGCUGAUCGAUUGAAAGUCAGCUCUUCAGUCCGCUCCGAUAAAGUGGAUGAGGCACUUAGCGCUCUUGAAGAGGCUGAAAGUCACGAAGACUACUUGACCAAGCGCACACAGCGUGUCACGACAAAUCUGCUGCAGGAAAAGCGAAAAUGGUUCGACCGUACUACCAACGAUCUGCUUUCAAGUCUACGCGAGUACACUUUGCGUCAGAUCGAAGCCGAACGACGGACUUUGGCCACAUUGGAAAGUGUACGACCUGACAUUCGCAGCAUCGAUGCGUCCGGUGGUCUGAGCCGACUGGGUCGUGAAGCGCAUCCCGCCGUGCGCCGAGCCAACAUGUCGUCCAGCCAAGGUCCCAAGGGUGAUGCUUGGAGCGGCAUCCCACGUCGAUCUGACACCCUGGGUCGCAGCAUGAGUGGAAGCUUCGCUGCUCCCGGUGAGGAAGAAGGCGAGGAAGACAACUUGACCGAGUCCACUCAUGGUCGAGCGCGCGCAACCAGUCAGGUUGGAUCUAUCGCCGAAGAAGAUGACGACCGACUUGACGCUCGUAAUGCGGCUAGUCGACUUGCCACCAGCACGUUCUGA